UCAUAUAUAUCAUGUGAAGUGAAAAUACCUUUAAGAUAUCCUUCAUAUGACCUUUUCAGCUUGUUUAGCAAUCAUUUUAGAUGUUUCCAUUGAAUCGCAAUCAAGUUUUGUGUCGUGUUUAUGAAGCUUUUACCUUCGAAGUUUCCAAAGUAAUAUUCCUUCUCUGAACAAGUUAUUAUAGUUUGAACCAUGUAAUUUGAGGUACGAUCUCAUUUUUGUACUUAAUUUUAUGCGCGUUGUGACGGAACUAUAUCAUAAGUCUGGACCAGAUAUUAAAUUCGCAAAAUGCAUUGGCUUAAUAAACGGUUGCGUAAUCGGUGUAAUUCAGCUAGUUUGGCAUGCCGGCCAGGCCUCGUUUGUUAAUAAGUGCUGUGGGAGCCUUUAAUGUACAGCAAAGCGUAUGGUAUGAUCAGCAACGAGAGUGGCAACGACAAAAACCAGUGGCGUUUUACGCGCUACAAUGUGCGUUUUCUAAUUCCCUACAUGCUCCUCGAUCACUGAGAAACUAAUUAAUGUCGUGUCACGAGCGUUUUCAGCUGAAUGAUAUGGCGAACGCGUAUAUUAACAAGUUCCUUUGGCGUAUUAUAUGAAUCUUUUGGUGCGCUGUGAUGUGAAGUCAGCAGGCUGGCGUCUUCCAGUUAAACACCCACGCAGCACGCACAGCAGAACGUCUCCCGGCCGCCGACUGACUGCUCACCAAAGCCAAAUUAAUGCGCAAUCGAGUGUACACUAAUUGGCCUGGUGCACUUUUUGUGCUUCUGGCAGACACAGAUUUCCACUGCAAAUUCACUUCGGAAUUAAGAAAUGAAGAUAUUAUGAGUAUUUUUCCUUUUUAAGAGGAUUAUUAUAAUUUUUUCGACAUCUUGAAGACUCUUUUGAAAAUGGAAAAAUGUGCAUUAAGACAAAUUAUGUUUAAUUGCUAUAUAUUUCUAGUCUAAUAAGGGAAGGGUGGUCUUCUGCUAUAAGUAGACGCAGGUUGACCAUUGCAGCUUUUAUAGAUUUAAGUCGAAUCAGACAACCUGCUAGAUCAUUCGAGAUUUUCAACACUUUGUAAGCAAAUGAGUAUAUGUAUAAUUGGAAAACGAAGAAAAUAAAUUCGAUAAAUUCAUUGCAGAAUGACUUUACUCGCUUUACUCAUUUAUUUAUGCAUUUCUUAAAUUAAAUUGGUAUUCAACUCUUUUGGUUUCUUAAUUUAAAAAAAUAAUAUUGCUUUUUGAAUUCAAAAUAUACUUCUGUUUUAAUAUUAAUUCCCGUAUAAAAGAAGCUCCAUUUUUAUACUAUUCCGACCAUAUUUUAUACUUUUAUUAUAAUAUGGCGCAUAAAACAGCUAAAAAAAAUAACAAUACAAAAAAAGGCCGGACAAAGCGUUAGCUUUGAAGAGAAAAAAUAUUGCCGUUGAUAAUUUGUCUAUAUGUUUUAACUCGCUUGAAAGAUGUCAGGCCAAAUGAUAAGAAAAUUUAAUUGGGUUAUUUUGACGGAAUAUAUGGUGGUAGCUCAAUUACCAUCCACCCCCGUACCAAAAUUUCGUUCAUACAAAGACAAACAACUUUUGUUAAGAGACCACUAAUUGAAUCACAAAAAGGAAGUGGACGCUUAUCGAGACAUGACCAGAGUUCCUGCCAAUAAAUUUUUUUCCCGCAAGUUGCGAAAGUCACGGAAUAAAUGGGUGGGCAGCAGUGUAAACAAACAAAUUUGGCGCUCAUCCCGCGAAUAACGAGGCGCAAUUCGCGCCGCAAGGGCUGUUUUCCAGCAGGCCAGGGUGGCGGGUAUACACGUAAUUUUUAGCGCAAUGAGUGUGAUCGUCGCGGGUUUCGCUGCUCAGUCGGCGCGUGUGACGUCACCAUGGUGCUCGCCUCCCCCCGCUGCCCCCACCCGUUGUUAUUGAUCGCAGCUGACGAGAGAAAGGGAGCUCGGAAAAGCUGAAACCAGCAGCGGCCUAGCCAAUUUGUUUGUUAUUAUUCUGACCGCCGGCCGUGUGGUUUGCACUUUUCUCUCACCCACACCGACUCUCCGCACGGCGCCGAAAUGCACGACGGGCAAAUGAGCGGCGAUGGUUGUCUCCGUCCCACGGGAUGAUGAGGAGGCGAGCGACGAGAAUGCCGCGCUUGUGACCGGCAACCGGCGCACCACCACCUACACCAUGAUGGACAGCGUAGAGCCCCACGAGGAGCCCACUGCUGCCAUACAGCAGGGCAACCCGCCCAGCACGGACAGCCUCGAGUACGGCAUCGCGGCUGACGACGCCUCGCUGCUCUCUCAGUUCCACGAAGACGCGAUCAAACAGGCUGGCCUCGGAUCUUUCCAAAUCCUGCUUCUAAUAGUGGCAGGACUAGGCCUGGCCGCUGACUCGGUCGAGGUGUUUGUCGUGUUUUACAUUCUGCCAAGUGCUGAGGUGGAAAUGUGCAUCACACAGACAGAAAAAGACUGGAUGGGUGCAAUCACUUUUGUCGGCAUGAUGGUGGGCGCCACUUUGUGGGGCAACCUGGCCGACAGAAUGGGCCGUCGACGGACGCUGCUGUCGGCUCUGGGCGUCAACGCUGGAUUCAGCGUGAUCGCAGCCUUUAUGCCCACCUAUGGCACCUUCAUGACUGCCAGAUUCUGCAGCGCAGUCGGUGUUGGUGGCUCGCUGCCCGUCGCUUACGCUUACUACUCGGAGUUCCUGCCGCGCAAUGAGAGAGGCAGGUACCUCAGUGGACUGGUGAUAAUGUGGGCCCUAGGAGGAGUCUACGUCGCCCUGCUGGCUUGGAUAAUCCUCCCUCGCACAGGUCUCCAAGUGGCUGAGGACAGCUCUGAGCACUUUUCCGCGUGGCAUCAGUUCCUGCUGCUCUGCACCCUGCCCUGCUUCGCAGCUAUUGUUGGCCUCAUCUUUUCGCCAGAAUCUCCGCGCCACUUACUAGAAGCUGGGCAAGACGUGGAGGCCAUGCUUGCAUACCAGCGCAUUUUUAAGUCCAACAGCAAAAAAGAGAAUGCAGGCCAGGGUGCUGGACAGUAUCAAUUGUCAGAGCUUGAAUUGCCAACCAAAAGGAUCAACGGCCUAGGAGGCCCCUACUCAUCGGCCUCCCCUGGAAAAUCUGUCUUGGCAGACAUGAUCUAUAGUUUAGAAUUGUUUUGGAAUUCUUUUGUGCAGCUAUUUUGCUCACCAAACUUUAGAUUAACAAUCACUCUACUAGUAAUCUGGAUAUCCGCUGCAUUUGGGUUCUAUGGAUUGACCCUGUGGUUUCCUGAGUACAUCAGCACCCUGCGGGAUGUUUUGUACUCGUCCAAAGCACAACGCGUUUCAGACAAGGUGUAUGUCAACAUCACGUUCAAUCAGUCGCUGGAGAACAUCAAUUAUUCCGGCUCGAGCUUUGUUGGGUGUCGCUUCGAGCACCUCACCCUGAGUCAUGUCACGUUCGAAAACUGCACAGUGGAAAGUUGCACUUUUGCGAACGUGCGCUCCAGUCGGACACUCUUCCGCGACACUGAAAUCAUCAGCUCGCACUUCGUCGACACAGACCUCUGGUGGGGAAACUUGCCAUACAAGGAUGAUGAAGAUGGGGAAGGUUGGAUUGGCGGAAUCACCAGUGGCCGUUUUGAGCGCUGCCUUUUGGUAAACAACUCGAUCUUGAGUCUCGCUCAAGGCUGUCACCUGGACUUCGAUUACAACAUCCACCUUCAGGACAUUUUCACCGAGAACUUGGUGGGUCAGCUGGCGCUGCUACCUGGCGCGUUCGUGUGCGCUUUCCUUGUUGACAGAGUUGGUCGUAUCAAAAUCAUUGGCGCCACGUUCUUGCUCGCAGCUGUCAUAUCCCCUUUCAUAUGGUUGCUGAGCUCUGGGCGUGCUAUCAUCGCUUUUGAGUCGGUGCUCAACUUGUUUUUCGUCGCUGGCUGGAGCUCUCUGGCUGUGGCAACUCUUGAGUCAUACCCCACCCACCUUAGAUCGACAGGAUUUGGUUUUUUGGCUGCCAUAUCAAGACUGGGCGCCGUGCUGGGCUUCACCACCUUUUCGCACCUGCUUCACUCAAGCAGAGGAGUGCCGGCCAUGCUGGCGGCUGCCUCCUUUGCCGUGGCUGGUCUGACAGCCACCCAACUUCCUGAGGCUCGCACGGCCCUUCUCUAGUUAUACAAAAUUGUAAAUCUUAAACACUCAUACACACGGACUCUGAAUACUAAUCGCAUUGCUCACAUUGGUUGAAAAUAUCUCUUUUGAUAGUUUUGAUUUGUUUGGCUUGUUUCUUUGUGGAAGGAACAAGGCCAACUCAGCAGAGCUUUUCUUAACCUAAAUCCUGCUCUGCUCUUACUAAAAGUAACGUGAUAGACAGUUGUCUGUUUGUAUCUCAAGAGGGACUGAAAUCACGAUUUUUGUUGUAGGAUUUUUUAAACAUAAAUACUCAAUGUAUUCUCUUGAUGCUGAUCAUGUUGCUCUUCGAAAUGCUGGACAUUGGAAAAGGUCUAUAUUUUUUAUUCCGAUAAUAUCCACUUAAUUCAAAUUUCCCUGCUGACAAUGAACUGCUAAUAAUUCAUUUUUUUCUACGUUUCAAACUAUGGUUUAAAUAAUUAAUGUAUUCAUCACUUAUAUUCCAAAGGGUACCUGCGACAAGUAAUGGUUAAGCUUGCAAAUUUUUAUAUCACGCAAUCAAACUUUUUGAAAAAUUCAUUCGUCCUUUGCAAAGUUGAUUUCUGCAUAAUAUUAUUAUUAAUUAAAUUUGUCGAAGGGUUUCUACUCUGUCAUGUACCUAUAAGAUGUGUAAAAAAUUUAUGUUCUGAUGAUGUAAGGUGUUGAAAUGUACUCAUCUUAAUAUACCUGAAAACUUAAAUUAUAGGCUGGUAAAAUAAAGUAACGAUCUGCAAAUCAUUUUA